AAAUUAAAUUUCAAAAAAAAAGGUCAAUUGACGCUCUUUUCAUACACACAAUUUAAUUGGCAAUGCACACUUAAAUAUUAGGCACAAUGAACCCUAGCAACCAUAACAGCAACAUUUCAUAUCGACUUAUUUGAUUCCCGUUAUACGUCAGAAACAAGCAAAAUUCGUUUAUUUUCUAAUUUGCUCGUGUAAAUAUUUUGUAUUGCAUUUUUAUUGUAAGCAUUGUUAACUUUUGAAAAUGAAUGACUUCGGAUUCAUCGAUUACAAAAAGCCAAGUGAUGAGUGUAAGGACGAUAUGCGUACUUCCACAUAUCGGAGUCAUGUUUAUAUGACUGACACGAUGAUGGGCAACCAUAUGCAUGCUAAAUUCAAAGAACCCAAACCGUAUAGCAUAGAUCCAACCUUAGAGAAACUGCGCACAAGCGACUACAAAGCCAAUUAUACAUGGAAAUAUGAUGAUCCAAAUAAAGUGAUUAACCCCUCGCUUGGUCCAAAAGUGCAACUAAUGAAAAAUUACGAAGAUCGACGUCUACGUUUCAUCAGUCGUCCAAUGCGACCAGCCAGCAGCACUAUGCACCAAGAUUUCCUUUGGAAUCCUCAAGCGGCACCUGCACCACCUACGCCUAUAACUUUACCCUCCCCUGUGGCUGCUUCUAAAGUCAUCGUUAAUCGUGCUAAACCGAGUUUCUCAAAAUUACUCGAUCCCGCAGCGACAACGUCACGCCUGUCCUUUGUCCAUUACACGCCCGCUGAGUUGAUGGGAAGCGUGGCUCGCCACGACAAUAUAACAUUUUGGAAUUGGCCUAAAUAUAAUACACAAAUUAAGCGUGUUUUCCCCGGACGCGAUGACACUCAAUGUGAUGACAAAGCUGCAAGGGAAUGCCCAAAACGCCAUUGUGAGUUCCCCAGCUUGGUGCAACAUGUGCCCAACUCUGGCAUGACAACGGAGGUGCGUGCCAAUUACAUUGAGCCGAUUAAACGUACCAUCGACUUUGAAACGGCGCACAUACACAAUCGUUUGGUAUACGAGCCAGUAACACCGUUAUCGAAGGAAACUGAAUACAAAGUGUACGGUUCCGGCGAGCGUACACUGAAAUAUGUCUAAAAAAGCUAACGCUUUUUCAAAGACUUGUAUUAAAGUACCGUUAUUUUCAGAAUAAAUCAUAUGGUUUUAUAGUUAUAUACA